UAAAACCGAAUGUUUCAUUUUUGCUGGUUGUUGCUUAAUCGUUAUUGGCGAACGACGUCGAUUUCGCAUAACGGUUCUGUUCUCUAAUUGAUCUGAGAAGCGUACGUAUGCAUCGGAACGUGCUUCAAUUUGAUUCAAUUGCAGUAACACCAAACUAUCACAACGGCGGACGAGGAACUUCAACUGUGAAAUAAGACGACGCUGUUUUGGCGAUUUAGAGUAUCAGGAUGGAGUUGGAUGAUGUUUUGCACGAGCUUAAAGACUGGGGUAAAUACCAGACUCUGGCUUUCAUCCUCAUCACUGUAUCAGGAACAUGGUUCCCUGCCUGGCAGAUAUUCUCAGGGGCUUUUACCUUGGCCACGCCGGAAUACUACCACUGCAACCCUGCACCAAACACUUUUCCUAACCAGUCGCUGGUGCUCCAGAACGAGACCGAUGAUGGCGCUGUCAGAUUCGGCGUCGAGAGCUACGAGAACUGUCUGAUGUAUGACGUCAAAGAGGGGGAGAUGAUAACGGAUCAGACUCAGAUAGUUGGAUGUCAGAAUGGAUGGGAAUAUUACACCAUCUACCCCGAGGAGUCAACGGCAGUUAUCGAGAUGAACCUCGUGUGCGAUCGAGACAUCUGGCCCUCAACGGCACAAUCCGUUUACUUUGCAGGGGUGAUGGUAGGGGCGUUCGGUGCGGGGCAGCUAUCGGACAUAUAUGGACGAAAAACCGUUUUGAUCGUGUCCUUCAUCGGAGAAGGAAUAUGUGGACUGGUUGUCGCUUUCCUCUACAACUACUACGCUUUCGUCUCCGUCUGGUUUCUUGUGGGUAUGUUUGAGAAUGGUAUCAACAUCGUCGAGUACGUGCUCGUCGUGGAGAUGUUCACACCCAAGAAGCGCACCCUGGCAGCGUGCAUCAACAAUAUUUCAUGGGGCUUGGGCGUCACCCUCCUCGCUCCAAUCGCGUGGCUCCUAAAAGACUGGCGCUGGAUGCAGAUUGCCAUCUCCAUACCAUGCUUCCUGGCAAUAUUCUAUUACUGGUUAAUCCACGAGUCGGUGCGCUGGCUCCUGUCCCGGGGGCGUACCAGCGAUGCGCAAAAAGUCGUCGAGAAAAUAGCGGAAUUCAACAACCUCGGUCAUGUCCCGGUCUUGACCAAUUCGGACGAUGACUUCGCCAUGAAAAAGGAAACGUACAAGAAGAAGUCGACGGAAGGGAUGUCGAAUGGUGAAUCGGAGAAAGGCGACGCCGAGAUGGCGGUUAAUCACGUGAGGAAGUCGACGUCGACAUCGUCGCUGACCACAGUGUUUGGUCUGUUCAGAAAGAAAAGGCUGUUUUUAAACUCAGUCAAUAUGUUCUGUCAAUGGUUGAUGUGUAGCCUGGUGUACUACGGAUUGUCUCUGAACAGCAGUGAGCUUGCCGGUGAUAAAUACCUCAAUUUUUUCCUUCUCGGUCUUGUCGAAAUACCGGCAUACACUCUCAUUAUGUAUACACUGGUCAAAUGGGGAAGACGACCGACACUAGUCGUAUCUAACUUUGUAGCUGCUGUCGCUUGCAUCAUCACAGCCUAUGUUCCGGAAACAUCAGCUGAUGGUACGAACUUGCAGCCCGUCAUUGUUAGUUUCGCAAUGAUCGGGAAACUCGGCAUCACCUGCAGUUUCGGCACCGUCUUCGUAUACGGAACCGAGAUUUUUCCCACGUCGAUCAGAAAUGUUGGAUUUGGUCUAUGCUCAUUUUGGUCCCGUGUCGGCGGUGUCAUGGCUCCCUUUGUUAUUUAUCUAAACAGGAUCUACGAACCUGGUCCACUUCUUAUCUUCGGCAUUUCAUCCUUCUUUUGCGGAGGCAUCGCUUUGUUCCUUCCUGAAACUCUCGACCGCCCGCUACCUGAAACUCUAGAAGAGGGCAACAACCUCCACAAAACUAAACCCAUUCGCUCUAGCCGUGCGGAAUCGCCAUAUAUCGCUGGUGAAAGAAACCUGGCCAUGGAAACGUAGUUGACGCUGAGCGCCAACCCGAUGAUGAAACUGAGCUUCGUUCAUGAGACGCCCUCUACGUUUGUCCAACACGCGGGCUUCACUCGGUAUUGCGACACAGACUCCUGCGGCAGUUGUUCCGUUGCCAAUUCCCUGGAUUAAUUGAGUACCUAACUUUAAUCCUGCACCAAACAAUAUACCCUACUCUAAACCUAGCCCUCAACCUAACCUGUUACCCUCUUACAAGUAAAACUCUUAAAGCUUAUCUGUACUAGUUUAUUUGAGGGAUUAGAGCACCCUGCA